AUGCAGGAUAACAAGGGAGAAUCCAUCAGGAGUGAACCUCCCAGGGGAGAUGCUCCCAUGAGGACAAACAACGAUAGGAAGAAGAAAAAAAAAGUAGAAAAAUGCACAAACAAAAUUACCAACUUUUUCAAAGUUGUAAAGAGUAGCCAAGUGGCCAAGACCCUUCAGACACCGAACCCCCUGAACUGUGAGAACAACCGACAUGCCGACGAACGCUCAUCAGGCAUACGUACCAUCAUAAAUAUAAACUCACUAGCGAGGAGUUCCCAAGUGAAGGAAAAAAAUGUGCUCCGAACUUGUGACCAAAAUGUGUUACUCACUGAUGUAGAUGCAGAAGGAGGAGAAGAAGAGGGGACAAAUCAAAUGGGAUAUCCCUCAAAAAAGGAAGACCCAUUUUAUGCCUCACCAAGCAUAGAGAAUGAACCAACAAACAGGAUGAACCGCAUGAAUUUGAACCCGUCUGAUCAGAUUGGUGAAAUUACCAAUGUGAAGUCUAUUUUGUGGAGGGACGUGAGUAGGGUGCCGACCGUUGGCGCGACGUUGAGGAGGAAGGAAGGGGGGGAUUUGAAAAUUGAUGGUGAAGAGAAGGCGCGUGAUGAAAUUCCCCCUGAUUGGAAACCCCCCCAUGGAGAACCCCAAGACGAGGGGAACAAAACAAAAAGGGGACUGAAAAGAAAAAAAAAUGACUCAGAUGACGAGCAGGAUGCGGAUGGUGCGAAUAGCUCAUUGGAUAUGAGCGUAACGGAAGAGGAUGGUACGGAUGCUAUUCCUGGGCAGGAUCAGUCGAAGGGACCCCGCGUAGACCUUUCUUCCAGACCACCCACAGAAGGGAAUAACGUUGAAAAUAUUCACUUAGAACCCAAUAGGAGAGACGGCAAAGAGGAAAAUGUGUGCUCCUCCUUUUCCCCUAAAGAAUGCUCAAAGGUAGUGAAGGCGAGGAAAAUCUCCCUCGUGAAUUUUUUCGGCAAUGAUAUUCAAAUCACCGUUAAUGUGAAUGGGGACAGUGCUUCCGAGGGUAGGUUCAGCAGUGCGGAUAGCGACGGGAGCGGGUCUAACCUGGGCUGCACCGGGAGGUCCAAGCUCAGGCGGGGCGCGAGGAGCGGGUCGAAAAGUGGAACUGCUCGAGACGAAUCAGAUAUCCUCAGAAAUCUAAACCCAUCGUACAAGAGAAAUUCCAUUUCGGACGGAGAAAGAUACAGCAAAAAUAAUGGUGAAAUCUAUGCGAAGAAAAAAAAAAGGGAAAGGUAUAGCCCCGAUAGGGGUGACGGAGGGGAAGGGAGUCAAGCCAGUGAUGAGUUGUCCCAAAACGAACAUGCGAACAGCCCCGUAACACCAGGAAGGAGAAAUUAUGUAAAGGAAAACAAACGAGUGUUAAAAUCAGAUAAUGAGUUCGAAUUGGAGCGCGCCAAAACGAAGAGGGUUCGGAUCGGGAGAGUCACUUGUGCAGGGGUAGGUGCACGCACGAGCAUUGGCCUUGACACAGACGCCCAAGCGGAUGACGACACGGGGGGAGGACGCAAGAACUGUUCCAACAGGGCUGGCAGAAAAACGUGCCUGAACGUUGGCUUUGUUAGCGGGUUAUGCAGAAAGGCGAGGAAAAGCUGCGCAGUGGGGGUAGGUAGCGCAGAUGGGGGUGACGAAGGUGGGGUUGGCGGCGAUGUCGAUGACGAUGGAGAUGGCGAUGACGAUGGAGAUGACGAUGACGAUGGAGAUGACGACCCCUCUGGCGAACCCGACUUCCCCCCCACCAUGCACCCCGAUGGCGUGUGGGAGAAGCACGCAAAGAAGGCACAAAAAAAGAAAAGAAAAGACGGCGCACUUGGGAACCACUUCGAAACGAACCUGUACCAACUGAAAAAUAACGUACAGGAAAAAUUAACUUCCAUUAAAAAUAGCUUCAGGCUAAAUGAUAACGUAAGUGAUAUUCUAAAUGAGAAGAGGCGGAUCAAAAUUCUUCGAGUUUUGAACAAGUAUUAUUUUGACAGGGAGUACAACGACUACGUGGGGGUUCAGCAGGGAAGGGAAGUCCCCCAGAGGGGCGCCUCACAGAAGGGCGCAACGAAGAAGGGUACAACGAAGAAAGGCGUCACGGCAAAGUGUUCCACCGCGAACUGCUCCUUCGCGAAUUGCUCCUUCGCGAAAGGCGGUGCCCCACACGAGCUGUUGAGAGACCACUCGAGCAAGCCCUUUACCUUCUUCAUCGCGGGGAAGUUCACCCUCUUUAGCAAUUUCGCACUGACGAAGAAGCUGAAAGAUGCAGGGUACGGGAUCACGAGCAACUUACGGAGAAGCAACUCAUUAAUAAUUGGACACGAUUUAAGUGAGGACCUUGUAAAAAAAAUUGCAAACUUUAAUGGUAGCAUCUUUGGUGAAGAGGCUAUUCUACACCACCUAAAUGUAGACGUAAAAAAACGCAUUGAUCUUUUUGCCCCGAUAAAUAAAAAUAACGCAAAACGGUACAAGUUUCUAAUUAACCAGACUAAUAUAGAUAGUGCACCGACAGAAUCGAUUGAGAGAAGGGUGCUUCAGUUUUGCAGAGCCAUACGGAAGAGCUUGUCUGAAAAUUUAGAGGCUUCUCAUGCUGGGUACAAGAGUGUGUUGCUUUCUAAUUUGACGAAACGGUUAAGUGACUUUUUUUUGUUUUUGCAUUUAUCCAGGGGGAAGUUCCACUCCGACAUAAAAUCCCUGCUGUAUUGGUACAGCAGGAAGCAUCACGAGUUAAUGCUCCGGCUGCGCAGUGGUGAGAAGGAUCCCAGUCUAGUGCACCCGCUCUGCAAUGAUGAGGAGGCUUCCCAGUCAGUUCCUCCCCUCCACAGUGACGAGGAGGUGUUCAAUCUAGUGCAUCCGCUGCGCAACGAUGAGGAGACUUCCGAGUUAGUGCUCUUCGUCCGCAACCUCUGCGACGUUUUCUCCAAGUGCUACAUCAGGGACGAUUUGUUGACGUGCGCCCCGGGUGGAGAGUGCAUUUCGGAUGGAGAAACCAGGUGCAAGGAGAACCAUGUGGACAGUCAAGCCAGCACCCCCCCGAGAGGCAUCCCCCACCCGAUGAUGGAUCCAUCUGAGAGAAGCCAGUCAAAGGAAGACACCCAGGAAUGGAAGAAAAACGACACAGACGUUGAGGAGAAAAUACGCCCCCCAGGAGUUUAUCACGAUGGAGAUGGAGAUGGAGAUGACCAUGGCGGUGGAGAUGACCCUGAGGGUGGAGGUGGCCAUGGCGAUGUGGAUGAGUCCUCCCUGGAGUACAUUUCUGCGGAGGACUACUUUGAGGAGACGGAUGAAUCAGGAGAAAUGUCCAACGAGGAAAAGGAACUGAACAGUGACAAUGCGAAUUCGUUCGAGAGAAACAUAACGCAUAAUAUGAAGAAGAGUGAGAAGCUGAAAAUCGUGACCAACUUAUGGAGAGUCUUCUUUCGGCCCAACAGUCUCUACGAAAUUGCGGGGCAUAAAAACGAAGUUUUGAAAUUGUACAAAAUUUUGAGGAAGCUCUUUCCAGAAGCGGGUGUAGAGACACCCUCCAAUGGAAGGUCAACUCCUAAGAGUGGUGGCCAAGGAGACGAUCCAUCAGACAUGAAUCAAGAGAGGAGUAACAUCAUAUUCUUAGUCUAUCCCCCCAACUGUGGAGUAAAGAGGUUAGUAGAGCUCAUCUGCUAUGCCUGUGAUUUAUGUCCAAUCUACGAGAGCAAAGUGCAGAAGUAUAAAAAUAUAAACUAUUUUUUUAAAUACACACAUGGGUUGAAACCAAUCUCUAUAUAUAACGCUAAUAAGUUGGAUAAAAACUCCCUGAAUGAAUUGAAGGCUCGAAAUGAUGUCAGCAUUUGCAUGUAUGAGGACAAGAAUUACGUCAUGAAUAACUUAUCCAGUUUUUCCUUCCCUCUGUUGGACAACAUAAAGCAUGUACUCAUUAAAUUUGGCGUUCCUUCCAGGGAUGCUUUAUUUUACAGAUGCUUUUCUGUCUGUUCUUGUGUUAUAAAAAAUUUGAAUAAAGGACUGUUUAGCAUAUUUUUUGAGACGUGCAAGUUGAAGGACUUUUCCUACUCGAUCGAGAGCGUCUACAGCAAGAUGCACCUCGUGGCUUCGUAUGUGAAUUAUAUGCAGCGGGGGGGGGAUGGACUCUGUGUUAGCGAUCAGGAGCGGGGAGUGAGGACAGCAGACGAAUCCUCCUUCAGCUUCCCCAAUGAUGUGUUGCAGGAGUAUAUAUCGAACCAUCUCAUGAAUCGGUUCUUUAUGAGCAACUAUGACGAAGUGGAGCGGGCGCUGAGCUGCGAGUUAGGUGGCAAGCUAAGCGGCCAGUUAAGCGACGAAUUAAGCGGCCAGUUAAGCGGCCAGUUAAGUGGCCAGUUAGGAAACGAGUUAGGCGACGAGUGCAGCGGCGAGUCUAGUGCUGCGUUAUAUACCCCCUCCUUUGGUGAGCAGACCGACCGACCCAUCGACUCAGGACGCGGCGAGGCGAAACACUGGGGCAGCAAUGGGCCAACGGUUUGCCAUUCGCGCGGCCACACGCGCAGGGAGAACAGGGCAACCCGCGAGAAAAAAGCAAAGAUGAUGAAGAGACUAAACGAAGACUAUUACUUCUUUAGAGGAUUCGACGUGGAGGACAUACGUAGUCUCGUCCACGAUUGGUAUGACAAGAUGCACAUACAGAACGAGAAAUUAAUUUUCGACUUAACGAUAAAAAAAAAUAGCAACCUACUGCAUGAGAGGAGCGAUUAUUUGUAUAUGGACGACGGGGCCAAGCGGGACAGAGAGCGCAUUCUCAUUAAAGUCUUGGAGCUUUUUUUAUACGCCUCCAUUUUGGUCAAGUCAGAUGACAUCAACAUAAAUUUGAUUGCCGUCGAUAUGGCAGUGUACUGGAGGAAAUAUCUCUUCAUGAGUCCUCCCUUCCGUCUGGCGUGGCGCGGCAGGGGAGGAGGCAUACACGGCGGCAGGGAAGGAGGCAUAGACGGCGGCAUACACGGCGGCAGUAGGGGAGACAUACGAGACGGCAGGGGGGACGGAAGACGAGGCAACCGCGGGGGCGGGAAAAGCCUGGCGGCAAGGCAAAAGGAAGAAUGCGUCGCCCCCCUAACAAGCGGAAACAACAACGACUUCAUUAACGAGACGAAGGUGAAGGACCACUUGAAGGGGAAGAUGGACAAGUGCAACAAAAUAUUCUGCGAGAAGGUGAAGAAGUACCGGAGCCUGAUGGCGCACUUCGGGUGCCCCUUCAACUUUUCCUCCGCCGGCGUGGUGUACGACUUUCUUCAGAACAGCAAGGUGGCGAACUUGGCCCCCCGCAGGCGUGGUGACGCGCAGCGGUGA